AUGUCUUCAUUCGCCAACGUUGGUGCUGCCGGUCAGCCUUCGAUUCUGAAUGACAUGACAUUCGGAAUUGAGCUUGAGUUCUUGUCUUAUACACCACGCAAGGUCAGAGAUGGCCCCAGAGGUCACCUCACGAGGGCCCUCCACACACCCGUCAAUCUCCUCUGUAAAAACUGUAACAAGGAACACUCAUGGAAACUGCCAAUUGAGGGAAUCGUCUCUAGCAACCCUCCUCCCUUUUCUACUUGGAAGAUGAUUCGUGACGGUACAGUCAACCCAAGCGCCGACGAGAAAGCUAACGAGCCCAGAAAAUCGCAAUUCUACCAGAUGGAACUUGUCUCUCGAAUCAUGAACUUUUCCAAGCCUACGCCUUCUUUUCCCCCUCAAUUUUACCCCUGCACUGAUGAACCAUUCGAGUGGGACGCUCAUACUGAGAUCAGCGUCUUCAUGCAGAGAGUCCACGAGGCCUUUUCCGACCAUGGGUAUUGUAUCGCUAACAAUAAGAACACUGGCUUCCACAUCCACUUCAGCAAUGGUAAGAUACCACCUCCCGCCAAGAUCUCAUUGGGUAUGUUUGCUGUCUUUACUGCUCUCGAGCGUCACUUUGAUCGUCUUUUGCCGGCUUCCAGAAAUUGCAUCAUGUCCUUUGAAGGUGUCACGCCUGGUAUCAGUAGAGUAAACCCUGUAUACAAAUACAUUCCAGGCGACAACGACUGGGUCGGAAGCGGCUCCAGGGCACUUCUUGAGGGUAUUCGUUCUACUGUCAAAAGAGCUAUCAAGGACGAUCCUGAAUUCAAUCGUUUCACUAUCACCGAUGAGCUGCAAAGCUGCAAUCCUCCAUCUUGGCUUAAUACCAUCUCGGGAUAUGAUGACGUCGAGGCAUUCUUGGAUUCCUGGCCUGCCAAAGAUAGCAUGGGUCAGACUCUAGCGUACAGAACUAUGGCCGUCAAUCUUCAGAACCUAAAGUCGGGCAUUGGAAAGAGUACCAUCGAGAUUAGAGCAGCCCCGGGAUCUCUUGAUUUCUCAGAGGUUUGGCAAUGGUCUCAAUUCAUGGGUAAGCUUAUGCUAUGGCUCUCAACUCCUAGCAUCGACCACAAUAAAAUCAUUCUCGACAUCUGGGCCAACGGCACUAUAAUUGACUUACUCAAGCAGAUUGGCGUUUCGCAGGACACCCUCGACUACUACACCGACCGUCUCACUCCUGACUGGGCUGUUCGCCGUCACGCUCGUGUAAUUUCAACCAUUGGAGAGACCGACCCCUUUAGGAACUUUCUCAUUUCUGUCGAGAACAAUCGUCUGGCUGAUCAUCGUACCGAAGCCGUCGAGUCAAAGAUCUUGCAUAAACUUGAGCGCGGUUACUAUGGUCAAAUCCCUGAUGCCUUGUUCAAAACUUUGCCGGCCGAAGUCCAAAACCACCCUAAAAACUUCCUGAAUAUGGAUACUUGUGACUACGAACUCUUUACUGACAGCGUUAUAGCCGAUGCAGCUCCCGUCGUCAUCUCGCAUCCAUCACCCGCUUACUCAUGGUCCAAUGACCCUUUCAAUACCUCUAACACCAAUUCUGUUCAAGCUGCUAGCAUGUUCUUCUCACCAGAUAGCUUCGAUGUUCCUCCUCCACCCGGUCUUGAUGACCCUUUCACUACUCCUCCUGAUAUUACUCCUUCAGGGACUUCUAGAUUCCCGACAACUGUUGAUGGAUCCAACGCACGCUCACCUGCUUCUGACGGUUCUGAGGAAUUCCCUUUUCGUAGUAUCGAUGGGCAGAGUCAGAUUUUCGCUACUGCUGCUCCUGAAGGUGGGUUUUCCUGA